AUGCAUGAUUUUGAUACGCCGCAGUUAGAGGAGAGAGAGGAACAUGAAGAAUCUCCUUUUGAGCAGGAAGAAGAAACCGUUGCAGAGAAGCCAACUCUAUUGCAAAGUGAAGUAGGAGCAUAUAAAGAGAUUAUAUCAAACUUGAAGCAAGUAACAAGAAAUGACCUAGCAGCUCAGCUAUAUUUUGUCCACGAGACUCUAAAAAAGCGAGGACAAGCGCGAAAUGGGAAUGAUGGUCAUGGGGAGGAAAAAGAUACAAAAACUCCAAGCAGAUAUUGGGCAGUUUGGCCUACGAAGGAAUCAACUUUCCUGGAACCAAAUUCUCCUAUUACAGGAGCUUUUCGCUUUCGCCAGGAGGCAGCAGCUUUAGCUGUACGCAUUGCCUCGCAUAAACUUCAAGCGAUGAAGAAAGUUCCUUCUUCGGAGGAGUAUCCAAAUCCAAUGUCACUUCGGAGGCUUGCUGCGAUGCUUCAGCGCAAAUUGGAAUGUCUGCUGGACGCCGUUGACUCGUUUCGCCAACAGCAAAGAAGUCGUUUGAUGCAAGAACGUUUAGUUCACAUGGAUUGGCAGGUCGUUUACGGUCUUGCUAAACUCACACAGGGUGCAUUUUCAUCGACGAAACAGGAUACAAUUGCUCUGGAAAAGGCAACAGAGCAAUGCCGGCGUGUGUUUAACGCCAAUCUGUCACAGGUGAAGUAUUCGAUAGAUAACGAUCCUGGAUGCUCAAUUUCAAAUGAACCUCCUCCGUUGGAGGACGAGGCUAUGGUCCAGAGGAUUCUGAAUACAAUUGAGGAACAAGUUCAUUCGCCAGAAGAACAUCACCAGUAG